AUGGCCUUGUCUCUUCGUCUUCUUUGCUUGGUAUCAUUCUUUAGCUUCUUUUCAUCAUCUCCUGCGACAGACACACUCACGCCUUCAGACAUGUUGAGAGACAAUCAAACCCUGGUCUCAUCUGGUGGACUUUUCGAGUUUGGCUUCUUCAGCGAAAGCGUUUCAGGCUACUAUUUGGGAAUUUGGUUCACAGCCGAUCCAAGCAACGUUGUUUGGGUUGGUAACCGCAACUUUCCCCUAUUAGAUUCAUCCGCCCUACUUCAAAUCCGGUCCGGGAAUUUGGUUCUCACGGACCGGCGACAAUUGCAGAUCAUAGUCAAUUCAGCAAAUGUCGUCCCGGCUACAACUAGUAAUACAAGUGCAACACUUCUUGACACUGGAAAUUUUGUGCUUAGAGCAGCAGAUACAGGUAUCAUAUGGCAAAGUUUUGACACUCCAAGUGAUACUUAUCUUCCUGGGAUGAAACUUGGGACGUUUAACCUAAACACAGACCACCUAAACCUUCACGUUGUUAAUUCUUGGGCAAGCCACCAAAACCCAGCUCCUGGCCUCUACACCUUAUCCAUCGAUUCCAGCGACCUAACAAAGCUUUCGGUUUGGCGAGGAGAUGGAGUCAAAAUGGUAAUCGCUUUCUUGGAUGGAUAUGAGUUCCGGUUUAUUUUUGAGAACUCAAACGGUAGUACUAAUGAUGACUACAACUUUAGCCUCCAGUCCAAUAGAAAUGAGGCCUUCUACACUUUCAGCAGCAGCAAGAAUUACGACCUCAUGUGGUUGGUGAUGAAUUCCACAGGAAACCUCGACCAGAAUUUCAUGUUGAAAGGCAAGAUUUAUUCUGUGAGUCAUCCUUUGUGUGCGGGUUCCAAUGGUGGUAAUAACGGGACGUGCUUGCCUUCAAUACCGUCCAAGUGUAGGGAUGGAGGUGCUUUUUCUGAGAUGAAUGGUUCCCUGCCAUCUACAUCUGCUGAUUCCGGUAGAAGUAUUGGGAUUUCUGAAUGCCAAACGUUGUGCCAGGUCAAUUGUUCUUGCACCGCAUUUGCUUCAGUUCAGAAAUUGAAUGAAUCAGUAUGUCAACUUUAUUAUGGGAGUAAACAGAAUCUAUUGAAGAUCAUAGAGAAGGGGCCAGGGCUUAUUUACAUUCGGGAUGGUGCUCCAAGUGACUCCUCUUGA